AACUGGAGGGAGUUCUGCGCAGUUUUAUUGCGCGUACCCGGAAAUAAACACACUGACCACGUGGGUUUGGGAAGUAUUCGUGGUCCCGCCGUGCAGAAGAUUUAACACAGACGAGAAUAUUAUCUAGGUUCAGGUGGGGUCAUGAAGGGUCGCAGUCAUCGAGCUGGACGAGCUGCGAGGAAGAGGAGGCAGAAAUGUGAAAGCACUGUCCAGUCAGUCUCUCUGUGUCACCAGCUGCAGUAUGUGAGGCUGAUGAAGUUUCUACACCGACGAGGAUUCACCUCAACUCUCCUGCAGCCAGCCCUCUUUACUGACACAGGCAGAGGACUGCAGACUCUUAAAACUAUAAAGCCUGGCCAGCUGGUAAUUUCUCUGCCAGAGUCCUGUCUCCUCACAACCUCAACUGUUCUGAACAGCUACCUAGGACAGUAUAUCAAGAGCUGGAAAUGCCGCCUCUCUCCCCUGUUGGUGCUCUGUGUGUUCCUGGUGUGUGAGCGGGACCGAGGAGAGACCUCCGACUGGUUCCCCUACAUCAACGUGCUGCCCGCCACUUACACCUGCCCUGCCUAUUUCACAGACGAUGUCAUGGCUGUUCUGCCUACCAGCGUGCGGAGGCGGGCCUUAGAACAGAGGGUGGCGGUACGGGAAAUCCAUUCCUCCAAUCAGGACUUUUUGAGGUCCCUGCAGCCGAUCCUGAGUCAGCCUGUGGAGGACGUCUUAACAUAUGAGGCUUUGAGGUGGGCGUGGUGUAGUGUCAACACACGCUCUGUCUUCAUGUCGCACCCACCCAACAGCUUCUUGUCUGGACAGGAUGUGUAUGCAUUGGCUCCUUUCCUGGACCUGCUUAACCACCAGCCUGAUGUGCAGGUAAAAGCAAGUUUCAAUGAUGUGACGAGAUGUUAUGAAAUCAGGAGCGUUUCCGGGACACUGCGCUACCAGCAGGCCUUCAUAAACUACGGUUCCCAUGAUAACCAGCGCCUGUUGUUAGAAUACGGCUUUGUUGCCCCUGGCAACCCCCACAGUGUGGUCUAUGUUGAUGCAGAUAUCCUUUGUGAUGUUUUAAGAGGCGACAGGAGUUUGGUUCAAAAAAUGAAGUUCCUCAAAGAGAACAGUCUCCUUCAUAAUCUCACUGUAUCCGGUGAAGGCCCCAGUUGGAGGCUCAUGACGGCUCUUAGACUGUUGUCCAUGCCACAAACACUGUAUCACCAGUGGAAGGCAGUGUUGCUUGGCCAGGCGGUGUGCGAAGAGAGGGAGGAGUGGAGCGUUCACACAGCUAAGACUCUCUGUCAGCGACUGCUACAAGACACACACACAGCCCUGGAUAAGAUCUCCAACCUCCUGCAGCAGUGUGACCAGUCAGUCAGGGAACAGCUGGACGUGGUGAGGUCACUGCGACAAGAGGAGAAGUGCAUCCUGGGACGCUGUCUCGAGGUGCUGCAAGGCAUGAUGAGACAACCAAACAAACUGUUGUCAUGCCAACCUGAUGUUGAUGCUGUAAGCUGACAUCUGAUUGGUGCUCUGGCCUGCCAGUUACUACAAGAAGCAAGGUUAUGGACAGUCUCCAUGUUCUUUUUCUGCAUGCUGACCAGCAUGGUGGACAAAGGCAGCAGGAUUGCCUGAUGUGCUGUAACCAGGCUUGAUUCCAGGUAUGCUGAAAUAGCAUUUGCCCUGUUACAAUGACCCUAAGCAAGAUAGUGAGGCUCUUAUUACCACCAUCAUAUUGAGCCAGAUAAAGGUCACAGAUACAGUUCACUGAAGUAACUCUUGUACCCUUCUGGACUCAUGAGACAGAAUUGUGAGGAAACAGGGAAAAGAGGAAAACAACAGAGGCAGAUCUAUCCAAAAGGAUAGAUCUGCCUCUUAAAUAGAGAGAUUUUCAGCUCACAGCCAUGUUGCUUUAUUUAUUUAUUUUCUGAUUAAAUGGCACCAUACAGUGUUAAUAAAAAAAGAUUUUCUUAUGACA